AUGGAAUGUGUUAGAAUUGUUGAAUCAGUAGAAAAUCAGUCUGCAAUAGAAGUUGAAUUGGAUUGGAAUGAUAUUGAUGCUGAUCCAGGAAAACGAAAGUCAAUAGAGGCUUUUGAUGUUGCUAUUCGGGAUAGAGUACGGAGAAAGUAUUUGGUUAAAGGUCCUUGCCAACCAAUUGGGAAUACAUAUCCGAAAAAGAAAUAUGAUAAAGGAGGUCGAUAUGCAGAAGAUGCUUUUACAAAGACAGGCUUUAACAAUUGGAAAAAUGCACUAGAAAAAUUCAAUCAACAUGUUGGGGCUGCAAAUAGUUGUCACAAUAACGCUCGAAUUCAGUUUGAAGCUUUUCAAGAUCAAAGGCACAGUGUGGCAAAUGUAUUUCGAGAAAAUACUCGUAAGGCGGAAGUUGCAUAUCGUGUUCGGUUGACUGCUUCAUUGGAUAUGACUUCUCCACGAAUUCAAAAGGAAUUAGCAAAUGCUUGUGCUUCAGAAGUCACACUUGCCAUAGUCAAAGAUAUUGGGGAUAGAGUUUUCACUAUCUUGGUUGAUGAGGCUCGAGAUGUUUCAUUGAAGGAACAAAUGGGUGUUGUUUUAAGAUAUGUGAUUAGUGAAGGAUAUGUGAUUGAGCGAUUUCUUGGGAUUGUACAUGUAACUGACACUUGUUCUCGUUCUUUGAAAAAUGCGAUUAAUGCUUUAUUAUCGAAGCAUAAUUUAUCUCUAUCCAGAGUGAGAGGUCAAGGAUACGAUGGAGCUUCAAAUAUGCGAGGUGAGUUCAAUGGAUUGAAAUCUCUAAUAUUGCAAGAAAAUCCUUAUGUCAUGUACUUCCAUUGUUUCUCUCACCAACUCGAAUUAAUAAUUGUUGUUGUUACUAAGGGUGUUAGAGUUGUGAAGGAUUCUUUUAACUAUAUCUCUAUGAUUGUGAAUAUGGUUGGGGCAUCUUGUAAGAGAAAGGAUCAACUUAGGAAGUUGCAACAUGAAAGAUUAGUUGCACAACUUAAUGAUGAAGAAGUGACUAGUGGAAGAGGUCAAAAUCAAGAAACUAUUUUGGUAAGACCAGGAGACACUCGUUGGGGGUCACAUUACUCUACAUUGCUUCGUUUAUGCUCUAUGUGGCCUGUGGUUGAGAAAGUGUUGGAAAUUGUUAGAGAUGAUGCCACUAUCCUUGAUAAUAGAAGUACUACCGAAGGCCUUAUCGAAAGGAUGGAUAAUUAUGAGUUUGUUUUUACUUUGCACUUGAUUAAACACUUACUAGGAACUACAAAUGAAUUGUCUCAUGCGCUACUGCGGAAAGAUCAAAACAUUGUACAGGCUAUAUCAUUGAUCCAAAGUGUGAAACAUCAAUUGCAAAGUUUUAGGGAGGAUGGAUGGGAAGCCAUGUUAGACCAAACAAAUAGAUUUUGCGAGUUGCACAAUAUUUCACAAGUUAAUAUGGAGGACAUCAUACCACGCCCUGGUGGAAAAAAGCAUGGAGUAGAGUUGAUCACAAACUUACAUCAUUAUCGGGUAGAGAUUUUUUAUCAGGUUGUUGAUUUAAUUAUACAAGAGAUGAAUAAUCGGUUUUAUGAAGCUAGCAACGACUUGCUAAAAUGCAUAGCGUGUCUUGAUCCAAGAAAUUCUUUCUCUGAAUUCAAUGAGCAUCAAGUCAUUCAUAUUGCUACUUUAUAUCCCGAGGACUUCUCUAUGAGCGAAUGUUUACAUCUUCCACGGCAAGUUAGUAAUUUUAUUGCUAAUGUGCGGUGUGAUCCUCAAUUUGUUGUGCUUAGUGAUUUGGGAAGUUUUUCUAUGAAAAUGGUCAAAACUAAGAAGCAUUUAGUUUUUCCAUUGGUCUAUCGGAUUAUUGAGUUGGCCUUGGUUUUACCUGUUGCUACUGCUUCUGUUGAGAGAGCAUUUUCUGCAAUGAAGACUAUCAAGACUGAUUUACGAAAUCGAAUGGGAGACGAGUGGAUGAAUGACAGUCAAGUUGUGUACAUUGAGAAGGAUACUUUUUCAACAAUUGAUAACGAGCCGAUCCUGCAGCAUUUUCAAUCGAUGAAGACACGUAGAAUUCAGUUGUCGCCGCUUUAA